AGCAGUUGUUUGUCGUCAGUCGACCAGUUAACAUCUCUUGUUGCACUUCAUUUACAACAAGUGCUUCCGCUUUCACCUCCGUCUCGCACCUCAAGGUGGUCGCGCGAUUAGAACGUCGUGAUUUAUCAAUUAUCACCAACGUGCUCUUGUUACGUUCUCCACCCGCAUACAAUUGGGUGAUUGCGUGACACACAAUAAACUAUGUGUUGUACCCAUCAGCGGUAGCUUUCUUCCUCUCUCGCUCUGUCUUUCUCUUUGCCAUUUAUGGGUGUUGCAGUUAAGAAGUGAAUGACUGCCCAAGGAUGUCCAGCACGCAGAAGAUUAUUUUCGUGAUUUCCUGCCUCUUGGUCCAUUCAGGAGCACCACCCCCAAAUAUGGUGGACAUUGAUAUUUGGGGCGAUUCCACGAGCAAUAGCGUCCACAGUGAAGGUGCUGAGAGAUUCUCCAGCAAUGUGACAAAAUCAAUUGGACGCACGUCGAAAGCUGCUUUUUGGAGACAAUUUACAGUUCUCGGUUUCCUCUCACCUCCAGUCAACGAUGAGUGCCUCUCUGGAGACGGUCGUCGCUCUGGAAUCUGCCUCAAUGUCUACGAGUGCCGCCUCCAAGGUGGGACGUCCAACGGAGAAUGUGCUCUGGGCUUUGGAGUCUGCUGUGUCUUUAUCGCCACAUGCGAUCAGGAAGUCUUCAACAACAUCACCUACAUUGUUUCACCAAGUUUCCCAGCAUCUUUGGCGCGUGAUGUGAAAAGUUGCAAGCUGAAGAUAAAGAUGAUUGACGAGGACAUCAGUCAGCUGAGAUUUGACUUUAUCCACUUCCAGCUGGGACAGCCAAAUCGCUGGACGGGGAUUUGCGAAGGGGACCUCUUCAGCCUCACUGGGAGUGUCUCAAGUCAGAGUGACUUCAAGAUUUGUGGCCAGAAUAGUGGACAACACAUUUACUACAAUGUGGAAACAUUAGCGAAGCCUGGAGGGCGACAGAAUCCUGAAGCACCACCAGAACCGAGAUUCGUGGAGGUUCUGAUGAAUUUCACAGACACUUCAUUCCUCUCACGCCUCUGGGAAAUCCGCGUAUCGCAGAUUCCUUUCAGUCAAAAAGCCCCAACGGGUUGCCUGCAGUACUUCACAGGCAAUGAAGGCUUAAUCCAGACGUUCAAUUAUGCCGAAAAUGGGCGGCAUUUGGCUAAUCAGAACUAUCGGGCGUGCAUCCGGCAGGAAACUGGGAUGUGCUCCAUCGCCUAUGAGCCCUGCAAUCCCUACUCAUUCCGAAUAGGGCAACGACAGAUGUACUACGGUGGCUAUCCGGGAUAUGGAGGAUUUCCCGGAGCACCAGGUGCAGGUGCUGGUGGAUUUCCUGCUGGUGGUGGUGCAGGAGGACUAGGAUCAUCGGGUGGAGUUCCCAUUGGGACAGUCAAUAGCGCCCCACCGGGCAGUGGGGGUGUCCUUUCCGAUCCUGUUGCCGCUGAAACAGCACCCAAUGGUGCAGCAGAUGCCACCAAUGGUGUUGCACAGGCUGAUGCACCUGGUGAGGCUGCAGGAGAUGGAGUUUCAGCUGAUGAUGCAGCUGCAGCACCCCCCGAAGCUGGGAGUGAUCCAUCAGACGUUGUUGAGAAUGAUGAAAUAGUAGAUGAUGCAGCUGAUGAAGCAGAAGGAUCUGGUGGUGGAGGAUUUUUCAGUUCACUCUCAUCACUCUUUUCCUUUAGGGGAUGGCGCAGUCUUGAUGAUCGCAAUGGCCGUCAAUUCUUCCCCUUUUGCUCAGACAGAAUGACCCUCCCGUGCAUCGUGGAGGACUUCAUUGGUGCCAGUGAUGUAUCAAUGUGCCGACCUGUUCACUGUGGCAACAGCCUAUGUCCUCCGGGACAAACACCCUGCCGCGUGGAGACGUCUGUGACACCUUUCGGGAUUGGAUUUCAUUUUGGUGAGGGAGUUAAUAAGGGGAGUCCCGAGGAGAACAUUGGCGCCUGUCUUCGAUGGACACAAAUGCCAUGUCUCUGAGUAAAAGAUAAAAGAAAACUCACCCUUUUUCUUAACAAUCUUGAAAUUUAUUGUAUAACUUUAAUUUCUGUCACUCUUUUUUUGUUAAAUAAUCUCUCUUAGAUUUCGCGUAAUUCAUCUUAAAUGGAAACAAUGGUUGAUUUUCUUUUGUCCUUUGCAUAAUUUUUUUUACUGUGAUACAGUCCUUUUGUCCACGGGACUCUUGCGCUCAAUUGUAUAAAGUCUCAAAAUGUUUCUCUUUUCUCUUUUGCAUGUCCUUAUCCUGCAUAAGUUGAAUGAUAUAUACUUUUCGUGAUUCUUCCUCGAAAAAAAGAAAUGGGUAAAGGUUUCUGAAUGUAAGGAAAGAAUUUUUUAUGCGAUGUGUAUUGCACACAGUGUAUGAUUGGUAGAAGUUUUUCAUUUUUUUUUACAAUAAUAUUAUGUUAUUUUUUCCCAUCCUAAAUUGUCAGGUUUAUUUGAUUUAAUAGCUUUAUGUUUUAUUUAUUCUUUUCACAUGAUAAUUUUUUUUAUUUUAAUAAAGAAAGAAAUGUGUGAAAAUGAUAAAUAUUUAUGUGUCGCAAUGGUGUGAAUGAGAUUCAUUUUUUUAUUCAUAAUAUUAGUUAAUUUGAAAAUGUAUAUUUGUGUUUGGAUGUGUGAGGAAAGCUAUUACAUUUAUAAAUUUUAUCAAUUUUUUUUUCUCUAAAUAUUUAUUAUUAUGUUUAUGAUAGUUUUUUUUUCAUUUAUUUAAGAUAAAUUGUAUUUUCUUUGAAUUUAGUAUUUAAAUUAAUAUCUCUGAUGGCCGAUUUGUGUUUUAGGUUCCCCGCAUUAUUUUGUCCUACAUUUUUUACUUUACAUUUGACCCCCAUUUGGUUUUUAUUUUCAUUCUCUCUUGAGUGAUAUUUUAUUUUCAAUUUCUCUAUUACACCCUUUUUCUGUCACCCUUUUUACUGACACCUUGUUCGGCAUUUUAACUACGUUUUAUCACAUUAAAUGCUUGUUUUGUUUCUCUUUUUUUCACGAUUUUUCAAUCACCUUAACGAUAGAGUUUACAAACGUGAACAAAAUUUAGAAAAUAAUAUUAUCCGUAGUCUUACAAUGUACCUUCUAUAUCUCUUUAGUUUAACUUUAAGUUGUUCUUUUCUUUUUACUUUAAUUACAAAUAUAUAUUUAUUUAUUUUUGGUAUAUAUAUUUCUUGUUAUCAAAUAGCUAUAGACACACAUAAAAUGGAAAUUGUGUUGCCACUUUGAGUGUAAUAAAAAAAAUCUUAUUGUA